AUGCGGCCUGAAAUUGAACAAGAACUCGCCCACACCUUACUGGUUGAGCUUCUGGCUUACCAGUUUGCGUCCCCGGUGCGAUGGAUCGAAACUCAGGAUGUCAUUCUUGCAGAAAAGCGAACAGAGCGGAUUGUGGAAAUCGGUCCCGCCGACACAUUGGGGGGGAUGGCAAGGAGGACGCUCGCGUCCAAGUAUGAAGCGUAUGACGCUGCCACUUCGGUGCAGCGGCAAAUUCUCUGCUACAACAAGGAUGCGAAGGAAAUUUACUACGACGUGGAUCCUGUCGAAGAAGAAGCAGAGGCUCCAGCUGCCUCACCUGCAGCUUCAGCCCCUACUGCCCCAGUUGCAGCUGCAGCUCCAGCUCCUACCGCAGUUGCCCCCGCUCCCAGCGCCGGACCAGCAGCAGCAGUCGACGAUAUUCCCGUCACGGCGGUAGAUGUGCUCCGAACACUAGUCGCACAAAAGUUGAAGAAGGGCUUAUCCGACGUUCCUCUCAGCAAAGCCAUCAAAGACCUGGUUGGAGGCAAGUCCACGUUACAGAAUGAGAUACUGGGAGACUUGGGCAAGGAGUUUGGGUCCACGCCGGAGAAACCUGAGGACACACCCUUGGAUGAAUUGGGUGCCUCGAUGCAGGCGACAUUCAAUGGCCAAUUGGGCAAGCAGUCCUCAUCUCUCAUUGCUCGUCUAGUCUCGUCAAAAAUGCCCGGAGGUUUCAACAUUACCGCUGUUCGGAAAUAUCUGGAAACACGAUGGGGCCUGGGUCCCGGUAGGCAAGAUGGCGUCCUCCUGCUUGCCCUCACCAUGGAGCCUCCUUCCCGAAUUGGGUCGGAGCCGGAUGCGAAGGCAUAUCUCGACGACGUUACCAACAAAUAUGCCGCCAAUGCAGGAAUCAAUCUCUCUGCUCCUACGGCUGGCAGCGACAGUGGGUCCGGUGCUGGUGGCAUGCUCAUGGACCCAGCCGCCAUCGAUGCUCUGACGAAAGAUCAACGGGCACUGUUCAAGCAGCAGCUGGAGAUCAUUGCACGCUACUUGAAGAUGGAUCUGCGUGCGGGCCAGAAGGCAUUCAUCGCUUCCCAAGAAACUCAAAAUGCGCUGCAAGCACAGCUUGAUCUCUGGCAAGCAGAACAUGGUGACGUGUACGCGUCUGGUAUUGAGCCAGCUUUCGAUUCACUAAAGGCUCGCGUCUAUGAUUCGUCUUGGAACUGGGCUCGUCAGGAUGCUUUGAGCAUGUAUUACGACAUUAUCUUUGGAAGGCUCAAGGUCGUGGACCGUGAAAUCGUCAGCCAGUGUAUCCGUAUCAUGAACCGCUCCAAUCCUCUCCUACUUGAUUUUAUGCAGUAUCACAUCGACAACUGUCCUACUGAGCGUGGUGAAACGUAUCAACUCGCCAAGGAGCUGGGACAGCAACUUAUCGAGAAUUGCAAGGAGGUUCUCGGAGUCGCCCCCGUCUAUAAGGACGUUGCGAUCCCCACCGGGCCCCAGACAACAAUCGACGCCCGAGGCAAUAUUGCCUAUAAAGAGGUGCCUCGGGCGAGCGCCAGGAAAUUGGAGCAUUACGUCAAGCAGAUGGCUGAGGGCGGUCCCAUCUCUGAAUACAGUAACCGGACCAAAGUGCAGAAUGACCUCAAGAGUGUCUACAAGCUGAUUCGUAAGCAACAUCGCAUGUCCAAGUCAUCCCAGCUUCAGUUCAAUGCGCUUUACAAGGAAGUCAUUCGCGCUCUCAGCAUGAACGAGAACCAAAUCAUGCCACAGGAGAAUGGCCACGCCAAGAAAGCUGGUCGGAACGGUGUCAAGCGCAAUGGCAGCCCUAGAGCUGGUAAGGUGGAAACUAUACCUUUCCUGCACCUCAAGAAGAAGCAUGAGCACGGGUGGGAAUACAACAAGAAGCUCACAGGUAUCUACUUGGACGUGCUCGAGUCCGCUGCUCGGUCGGGGUUGACCUUCCAGGGCAAGAAUGUCCUGAUGACCGGUGCUGGUGCUGGCUCUAUCGGAGCUGAGGUUCUGCAAGGUCUGAUUAGCGGUGGUGCCAAGGUGAUUGUAACAACAAGCCGAUUCUCCCGGGAAGUCACCGAAUACUACCAAGCCAUGUAUGCUCGUUAUGGCGCGCGUGGUUCUCAACUCGUGGUGGUGCCAUUCAACCAAGGCAGCAAGCAGGAUGUGGAAGCUCUGGUCGACUAUAUCUACGAUACAAAGAAGGGUCUCGGCUGGGACCUGGACUUUGUCGUGCCGUUUGCCGCAAUUCCGGAAAAUGGCCGGGAAAUCGACUCUAUUGAUUCUAAAUCUGAACUUGCCCAUCGCAUCAUGUUGACCAAUCUUCUGCGACUCCUGGGUUGCAUCAAGGCCCAGAAGCAGACCCAUGGCUUUGAGACUCGACCAGCACAGGUCAUCCUUCCCUUGUCUCCAAACCACGGCACCUUUGGGAACGACGGUCUGUACUCUGAGUCCAAACUUGCUCUGGAGACGCUCUUCAAUCGCUGGUACUCGGAGAAUUGGAGUAACUACCUCACAAUUUGUGGUGCAGUCAUUGGAUGGACACGUGGCACAGGCUUGAUGAGCGGCAACAACAUGGUCGCUGAGGGUGUCGAGAAACUCGGCGUUCGCACCUUCUCGCAGCAAGAAAUGGCGUUUAAUUUGCUCGGCCUGAUGGCGCCUGCAAUUGUCAACCUUUGUCAGCUCGACCCGGUCUGGGCUGACCUCAACGGUGGCCUUCAAUUUAUCCCCGACCUGAAGAGUCUCAUGACCAAGCUCCGCACAGACAUUAUGGAAACAAGCGAUGUUCGCCAAGCGGUUAUCAAGGAAACUGCAAUCGAAAACAAGGUUGUCAACGGUGAGGAAAGUGAACUCCUAUACAAGAAGGUGAUCGCAGAGCCUCGUGCAAACAUCAAGUUCCAAUUCCCCACUUUACCAGACUGGGAGCAAGACGUGAAGCCUUUGAACGAGAGUCUCAGGGGUAUGGUCAACCUGGACAAAGUUGUUGUCGUUACCGGUUUCGCUGAAGUUGGUCCUUGGGGUAACUCCCGUACCCGUUGGGAAAUGGAGGCUUACGGCAAAUUCUCGCUUGAGGGCUGCGUUGAGAUGGCCUGGAUCAUGGGCCUCAUUAAGCACCACAACGGCCCACUGAAGGGCAAGGCCUACUCAGGCUGGGUCGACGCGAAGACUGGUGAGCCAGUUGAUGAUAAGGAUGUCAAGGCCAAGUACGAGAAGCACAUUCUGGAGCAUUCUGGCAUUCGACUCAUCGAGCCCGAACUCUUCAAGGGCUACGACCCCAAGAAGAAGCAGCUUCUUCAGGAGAUCGUCAUCCAGGAAGAUCUCGAGCCUUUUGAAGCUUCGAAAGAGACUGCGGAGGAAUUCAAGCGCGAGCAUGGCGAGAAGGUCGAAAUCUUUGAGCUUCCAGAGUCCGGAGAAUUCACAGUCCGCCUUAAGAAGGGAGCGACCCUUCUCAUUCCUAAAGCUUUGCAGUUCGAUCGCCUCGUUGCUGGCCAGAUUCCCACUGGCUGGGAUGCAAAGAGAUAUGGUAUUCCUGACGAUAUCAUAGAGCAGGUUGAUCCUGUAACUCUCUUUGUACUUGUUUGCACAGCUGAAGCUAUGCUGUCGGCUGGUGUCACUGAUCCUUAUGAAUUCUACAAAUAUGUGCACCUGUCUGAAGUUGGAAACUGCAUUGGUUCGGGCAUUGGCGGCACCCAUGCUUUACGAGGAAUGUACAAGGAUCGAUACCUGGACAAGCCCCUCCAGAAGGAUAUUCUGCAGGAGUCUUUCAUCAACACAAUGAGCGCCUGGGUUAACAUGUUGCUCCUCUCCUCUACCGGACCAAUCAAGACCCCUGUGGGUGCAUGCGCCACUGCUGUGGAGUCUGUUGACAUCGGGUAUGAAACGAUUGUUGAAGGCAAGGCCCGAGUUUGCUUUGUUGGCGGUUUUGAUGACUUCCAAGAGGAAGGUUCAUACGAAUUUGCCAACAUGAAAGCCACCAGCAAUGCGGAGGAUGAGUUUGCUCAUGGCCGUACCCCGCAAGAGAUGUCUCGACCCACAACUACCACACGUGCUGGUUUCAUGGAGUCGCAGGGCUGCGGUAUGCAGCUCAUCAUGAGUGCCCAACUUGCCCUAGACAUGGGAGUGCCUAUAUAUGGUAUCAUUGCCCUGACUACGACAGCAACUGACAAGAUUGGCCGCUCUGUUCCGGCCCCCGGCCAAGGCGUUCUGACCACUGCACGAGAAAACCCAGGCAAAUUCCCCUCGCCUUUGCUGGAUAUUAAGUACCGUCGCCGCCAGUUGGAUCUGCGUAGGAAGCAGAUUAAGGAAUGGCAAGAGUCCGAACUGCUCUAUCUUCAAGAAGAGAUUGAGGCCAUGAAAGCGCAAGGGCUUGCGUCAUCUGACCUAUCCGAUUACAUGCAGGAACGUGCCCGGCACAUUGAACGGGAGGCUGUGCGGCAAGAGAAGGAUGCUCAAUUCAGCCUGGGCAACAACUUCUGGAAACAAGAUUCUCGUAUUGCGCCUCUGCGUGGUGCACUUGCUACUUGGGGUCUUACGGUCGACGAUAUCGGUGUUGCUUCGUUCCACGGUACUUCUACGGUUGCAAAUGACAAGAAUGAGUCCGAUGUCAUCUGCCAGCAGAUGAAACAUCUGGGCCGUAAGAAGGGAAAUGCCGUUCUUGGUAUAUUCCAGAAGUACCUUACUGGUCACCCCAAGGGUGCCGCCGGUGCAUGGAUGUUCAAUGGUUGCCUGCAAGUUCUUGACAGCGGCCUGGUACCUGGCAAUCGCAAUGCAGACAACGUUGAUAAGGUCAUGGAGAAGUUCGAUUACAUUGUUUAUCCCAGCCGUAGCAUCCAAACGGACGGAAUCAAAGCGUUCUCCGUCACGUCUUUCGGUUUCGGUCAGAAGGGUGCUCAGGUUAUCGGUAUUCACCCCAAGUACCUCUACGCGACCCUGGAUCGCUCUCAGUUCGAGGCGUACAAGGCGAAGGUUGAGUCUCGCCAAAAGAAGGCGUAUCGCUUCUUCCAUAAUGGUCUGAUCAACAACAGCAUCUUCGUUGCUAAGAACAAGGCGCCCUACGAAGAUAACAUCCAGAGCAACGUUUUCCUCAACCCAGACUACCGAGUGGCCGUUGAUAAGAAGACAUCCGAAUUGAAGUUCCCACCCGUGCCUCCAAAGGUCAGCGACAAGGAUGCUGAGAGCACCAGACAGAUGGUUGAGUCGCUCGCGAAGGCUCAUGCCGAAGAGGACUCCAGGAUAGGGGUGGACGUGGAGAACAUUGACGCCGUCAAUAUUGAAAAUGAAACCUUCAUCGAAAGGAACUUCACUGCCAGUGAGCAAGAAUACUGUCGCAAGGCACCAUCGCCACAGUCAUCAUUCGCUGGCCGGUGGAGCGCCAAAGAGGCAGUUUUCAAAUCGUUGGGCGUGUGCAGCAAGGGCGCCGGUGCGCCUCUGAAAGAUAUCGAAAUCUUGAGUGAUGCAAGCGGAGCCCCUGUGGUCAACCUCCACGGCGCUGCAGCCGAAGCUGCCAGGCAAGCUGGUGUUAAACAAGUGAGCGUCAGUAUCAGUCACAGCGAUUCUCAGGCUGUCGCGGUGGCAGUCUCGAAGUUCUAA